AUUUCACAGCCGGCUGGACCGGUCCCUGUCGCCCGAUGUUCUCGGCCUUCGAGCAGAUCUCCCACGCAACACCGCAUAUCGCGUUUUACCGGAUGGACGUGCGGAAAUUGUCGGACGAGGAGAUCGCCAAGUUGGGGAUUGUGGCUAUGCCGACGUUUAUGGCUUUCCGGGACGGCAGGAAGGUGAGAGAUUUGGUGGGGGGCAGUCCAGAGGGUUUGGAGGGGUUUGUUCUUGGGGUUCUUUGAUUUGGGUUGUUGUAUUGUCUUGUUCCUUUUGGGGUAUGGGGUUUUGUGCAUCGGUCCAUGAUUCAAGUUGGGUUGAUGGUAGGAGGUGGGGGAGACUUUUAUAUUGGUGAUUAGUUUAAUAUUGGUUUGAGUGUAGGGUGUCAUUGGGAUAAGAAUUGGUGAAGCAUUACAGGACUUGGGGAUAUUCAGUCACAUGGUCACUAGUACUGGCGGUAUUCAGAAGAGGCUAUAUAUCUGGUAUCAUUGAGUAUAUAUAUGGCAGACGGCUUAAAACCGUACCUGUCUAUGAAGCAUCGUGAAUCACAAAACCACGCUUGAU